GCCAGAGCAGCCAGGUGGCGCCAGGACAGGUGCGAGCGGAGCCAGGCAGCCGGCUGCAUUCCCGAAGAGGAUGGCCUCUUGCUGAUCGGGGCUGAACUUCAACGCAGAACCGGAGCAACGCUUCGCGGGUCAGAUGGCGACAGCAAACAAGGGCACCAAGUCCAAAGUGGGGGGUGUCCGUUUUGCCCCCACCCAGACGGUGGAAGGAUCUUCCAGCCACGUCCACUUUGAUGAGAAGCUCCACGAUUCGGUGGUCAUGGUGAGCCAGGAGAAGGACGGGAACUUUCUCGUGAAGGUUGGGUUCCUGAAGAUCCUGCACAAGUACGAAAUCACCUUCAUCUUGCCUUUUGUGCAGCAGCUGGGGAAGAACAUUGUGAGUGCGCCGCUCUCCAACCUUAACCUUAAAGUGAUGGAUAUUCUGCCAGUCCCUGAAGCCAACAUGGAGGUCCCCGUUACCACCGAAGCCAAUAGCGAGAUCAAUAACCUCGAAUAA